AUGGAUCUAUCAACUGUCAUACGAUUUUACAUCGAAAAAAUGCUGAAGGACGUCAAGGGCAUGAAAGCUCUGCUCUUGGAUACAGAAACUACACGGAUAGUCAGCACUGUAUAUAGCCAGUCUGAAAUAUUGGAACAGGAGGUCUACCUCGUUGAAAAGCUAGAUGCAGACCCUGGAGAGCAGCUUCUGCAUCUGAAAGCGGUCUGCUUCUUGAGGCCUACACGAGAGAAUGUCGCUCGCCUCAGGAAGGAACUUCGUUCUCCACGUUAUGGAGAUUACCAUCUCUUCUUCACCAACAGAAUUGAGGACUUACGGCUCCAAGACUUGGCGGAAGUGGAUCUCAGGGAAACUGUAUUCCAAGUCCAAGAGUUCUUCGGGGACUUUGCAGUCCUGGACCCCCACCAUUUUGCGGUCCCCGUUUUGCAAAACCAUGUCACACUGCAGCCCUUCACAUGGGACUAUGGGAGGAGCACGGAUGCAGUCGCACGGAUGACAGAGGGCUUGGCAUCUCUCAUGCUCUCCCUGCGGAGACGAUUUGCUGUAAGGUACCAGAAAGGGUCAGAAAUGUGCGAGAAGCUGGCCCAGUCCCUGCAUCACCUGACCACAUCAGAGGAGCGCGAGCUAUUUGACUUUGGCAAGCGUGGAGGGGAGGUGGCACCUAUCGUGCUGCUGCUGGACAGAAAGGAGGACCCUGUCACUCCGCUGCUGUUGCAGUGGACUUACCAGGCCAUGGUGCAUGAGCUCAUCGGCAUCAACACCAACAGAGUGGAUCUCACGCAUGUCCCAGGGGUGAAGAAGGACUUCCAGGAGAUUGUGCUGUCAGCGCGGCAGGACGAGUUCUACAGGAAGCACAUGUAUGCAAACUUUGGUGACAUUGGGGCGGCAGUGAAGGACUUGGUGGACGAGUUCCAGAAGCAGUCUACCAGCAGCCGCAAUAUCAACACCAUUGAGGACAUGCAGAACUUUGUGGAGAACUUCAGCGAGUUCAGCGCAGCGCAGCGCAAUACGGGGAAGCAUGUCACGCUCAUGUCAGAGCUGUCCCGCCUUGUGGACGCGCGCACGCUCAUGCAGGUGUCCAGUGUGGAGCAGGAGGUGUGCUGCAGCACAGGGAAUCUGAUGGGGCACUAUGAGGCUGUGCGGGACCUCAUCAACAGCCCGCACAUCACUGACGAUGACAGGAUGCGGCUGGUGAUGCUGUUCGCAUUGAGGUAUGAGCGGGAUGGCCAGACGCAGCUGACAGAUCUGCUGCAGCGAUUGCAAGACUUUGGGCUGAUGCGGCAGCAGCUGGGCCUGGUGCGCACGCUGUUGGCCCAUGCCGGCGCUGACAAGCGCAUCGGGGACUUGUUCUCCAACAGAUCCUUCUCCUCCAGAUUCGCCACCAUGGCCAAGCACAGCCUGCGGGGCGUGGAAAAUGUCUACACACAACACACGCCUCUGCUCAUCAACACUUUGGAAGCCCUCAUCCGCGGCCGCUUGAAGGAUACAGAUUUCCCCUACAUAGACAAGACGCACAACGGAGCCUCGCCUGCAAAGUUGAUUGUGGUGUUCAUCGUUGGUGGCACAACCUACGAGGAAGCAAGGGCACUGGCAGAGCUGAAUGCGCAAGGAGAGAGGAAUGAGGGAUGGUCUGCUGGCGUGAGAAUACUGCUGGGUGGCACAGGCGUGCUCAACUCAAAGUCUUUCAUGGACAAUCUUAUGGCAUUCAUGGCGCUCAACUGA